UUGUCAURUGUCAAGUUAGUAUACAGAAGCCACGUGUGAUAGCUUGCUUUAGCUAAAAAUAUCACCUGAAAAAUCUCAUUUUGGGCUUGUUGGUAUAGAAUAUUGAGUAUACAUCACUUCGACGUGUUCUUGAACCAUAAGUUGAAGCAUUUUUGCAGUCGAAUCACUACUUUGAACAUCUGAUAAGAUGAACAUUGCAGGGUCACCUUUAGCUCACAAYCAAGAAUUGCAACAGACUUUUCUAAACCUCAUUUGUCAUGGGACUGCUCAGCUGCCCCAACAGAAAACACCAUUGAGUGCACCGCGUAAUAUCCGAAGAAGCCAUCCCAGUAGCCCAGAUCAAGAUUAUGGCAUUGAGGCAUUUGAAAAAGAAAAAUACCUUAGYCCAAGAGAAAUGCAUAAGUGGAGAAAGUCAUUGUUUUCCAUUUUUGUUGGUCGUCUACCUAGAGACAUUGCUUUAAUAGAAUUGAUAGAACUGUUCAAGGAUUUUGCACCAAUCUGUGAUGUACAUGUAUGUCCACCUGAGAGUACGUCAAGAGAUUUCACAUAUGGAUUUGUGAGGUUUAAAACUUUGGAAGAGGCACGUCGUGCAGUGUCAGUCAUGAAUGGUCGAAUUCUUGGAAACAACCAUAUCAUUGUUGAAAUUGCUUCUGAGACCAGAAACGCAUUGAGCCCUGGUGAUAAAGACAAAGAAGUACUUYAUGACGGGCGAGAUCGACUGAUGCGAAGAAAUUAUCCCUCACUACUUGAGAAUCGACGCAGCGAAGAUCGCGAAGAAGAAAUUUUGCRGAAAAAAGUGGCCAAUUCGUUGGCAGAGCUUAAAUCUGAGAGUUCGCUCCUUGAACAAAUCGAGGAAAUUUUAAAGAAAGUUUCUUUAAAACCUGGUGAAACAACCGUUGUGCCAUCAAAAGACGAAGGGCCACCAUGUUCGAUUCAAAGUUUUCACCCAAAACAAUUAUCAAGCAGUCGUCAGUUAGAUUCCCCUGAACCUCGUUAUGACGUCACUUGUGUCAGUCGUAAUGGUGGCAAUAGUGAAGCAAUCCCGAACGAACAGAAAGACAAGAAGAACACUGGAAGUACAGGAACUGAUUACCUCACAUCACAACGACCACCACACUACGUAUCGGUACCAUUACCAAGCCAUGGACAGACUGGUAACGAUACAACUGAAUGUCAACCUACCGGCCACCUCUCACCACCGAAAGCAGAUAAUAUGAUUUCACAAACAGCACGAACUAGUCCUGGACAGACUGAUAACGUUAUACCUGAAUAUCAACCUACUGGCCACUUCUCACCACCGAGACCAGAUAAUAUGAUUUCACAAACAGCNCGAACUAGUCCUGGACAGACGGGUAAGCUGGAGAUGGAGCUGCAGAAUCUUGAGAUGAUGUUACGGAGUAUUCAACAGGAAAACAAYACACUUCAAAGAAACACCACUAACCAAAGUAAGAAGACUCCAGGACUUUACCCUGAYCACGAAAGAGUUAAACUUGAACAAGCGAUUCAUCUGAAAGAAGUUGAAUUCCAGCGUGAGAGAGAAAUGAUAGCGUCCCGAAAUGCCGAGCAGGAAUUGCUUUAUGAGAGGGAAAAGCUUUCCGCCGGUUUUGAUAGCAAUUUACAAAAAGAGCUUGAUUUGGAGCUGCAAAUUGAAGUAAUGAAGAAUGAAGUAAAGCUAGCCAAGAUGAAUAACGAAUUGCUACAACUCUAUAAUCACUUGAAUGACUUGCAGUAAAGAAAUGCUGAAUCCCACAUAAUGUUUGCCCUCAAAGGUGCUCGUUUUAUAUUUACAAAAUAAAAAAAAACUUUYUUGUGUUUUCACAAGACCCUAGUGGGAUGCCAUUGGGUAUCUUUGUAUSGCGUAUGGCCUUGUAAACGUUGCUUUAUCUGUUAUUAUGUACACUAUGUYCUUAUCAAGGUGGUGCUUAUACUUUACAGUUGUAAAGUUACUCGGCGGUUUUCUAAAGAAAACUUGUUUUUGUCUGCAAUCUCCACAGUUCGGUCAUUCUAAAUUAAGAAUGAUAACAACGUUUGGCGACUUAAUGGCUAAGAUGCCUGAGUAAUGUCGUAGGUUGUUUUUUUUCUCUCUUUAUUUUCCAUGUUUAGAUUUUGAGAUUUUUGGCGAGAUUUGUGUAGAGAAAAUGUGUAUUACAAGUUUCUAUUGCGUCUUAGAGGUCGGUUAAAGAUGGUUUUACGAUAUGAAGUACCUGUCAUGUUGAUAUUGAAAUAACACAAUUAAUAUAAACACGAAACAUUUAAAAAGGAAAAGACUUUUAUUUAGAUAACKCAAAAACACUAAACACCACAACACAUGAUGUUGUUAUUUUCUGUUUAGACCAAUAAAGCGAACUAACAAUGG